UGAAGAUGUGAAGAUGGUCAACAUGAGACUUGAUGAGACUAUGUUUAUCUUCUUGCGAAACCUUGAAUUUGUUUAAAUCUUUGGAUACGGGUCCACAGUGAACGACAACUUCAUAAUUCUUAUUUGUUGAAGUAAACAUCGUGAUGUUUCGACGCUUAAAAAUAAUUACAUGUAUGUACCGCGUCAGCAAUUCCUUCUUACCGAGGACAAGCAGUGAGCUAGGUCAAAAUGUUUGUUAUAAUUCAUUGCAGCAUCAGACAGUAAAGUUUAGUGUAAGUGAUGAGCCAAAUUCUGAGAGUGUGGACGAUAAAAAGAAAAAGAAACCACGAACACCAAGGGUUCCUCAAAUUACGUUACUUUUUCCCGAUAAAUCUAUGAUCGUUACUUACGUAGAAGAUGCCCAAAAGCUUGCUAAGCGACGGAAUUUACAAUUAGAAAAACUGCACUACGAUAAAAAUGUCGAGAGAGAUGUUUACCGGCUUUACGGUACCGAAGUUUUUAGCGAGGAGAAAGUUAUAGAGAAAGACGAUGGCUAUGUGCAGUUCAAAGUGACCAAACUGUUUCAUUUUAGCGACAAAGUUGCUGAACACGAUUUAAAUACGAAAAUAAAUAAUAUCAAUAGGGUAUUGAAAAAGAGACACAGAGUUAAACUUGUCAUCAAUUUCAGCAGAGAAGAUAAGGAUACAUUCAUUCAAGAUGUGAAGAAGAAAAUAAACGGACUUAUAAGUAAGGAACAACUAAAAAAGAACUCUGUCCAGUUUAUAUUCGAUCCUAUAUCAAUUGAAAAAACUAAUGAUUCAGAAGAAAAUGUUGCAAAUACUGGAGUAACAGUAAAUUGAAACAAAUUUUAAUUUCACGAAUAGUAAUGUGAGUUCUUACAAAAUUAUAUGAUAAUACACUGUAAAUAUGUAUUUGUAUGUAUUUAAAUAUAAAUAUUAUGGAAGUCUAAAACAACUUAUGUAUUAUAUACAUAGAAUUCACUGUAUAUUAUAUUCCUUUAAAACUCAUGAUAGUAAACAACAAAAUGGACAGUA